ACCGCCUUUGCGUUAGCCGCACUCACACAGUCAGCAACACAACAUCAGCCCUCGCAGCAUCCGAAUCUCACAGCCAACAGGACCACGAGCACAUCCUCAUCUGAGCAUCCAUUCCACAACUGCACACCAUCGUCUGCGCACCACCGACGCCUUCAGUCUUCCUCGACUCCCUCUUUAAAAUCUGUUUUCCAUUUUUUAUCGUCGCGACGUGGAUUGUAUGCAUUUUGUUCAUCUGCGAAUUGCUCGAAAUGGUUUAAGGUUUUGAAUACGUGUUUUGAGAAAGAAAAAGCUCGAGACGAGGGGAGUCACCUUUCUGAGCUGGAGAUCUGCAGCGUAUUUGGAGUGGAGGCCAAUCAGCAGCAACAGCACAGACGGAGGUGAAUCAUUCCUCUUUUGAGAACUCUCAACAGUCUGUUCUAUGUCUACCCACACCCUUCAGCCCGGGAUUCCCACCUCCCAAAACAUCUGAGACUCUGAGACACUCAGGAUCUCCCGCUUGACAGAAAACAUUGUGACCUGGUACUGCUGAAGCUCCCAGCCUCAUCCCCUGCAGUCACCAUGGGAACCGUGCUGUCCUUGUCCCCCAGUUACCGGAAGGCGGCUCUGUUCGAAGAUGGACCUGCGACUGUGGGCCACUACACCGCCGUCCAGAAUAGCAAGAACGCCAAAGACAAGAACUUGAAGCGCCACUCACUCAUCAACGUCCUCCCAUGGAAGCGGAUUGUAGCUGUGUCGGCUAAGAAGAAAAGCUCUAAGAAAGUGCAGCCCAAUGGCACCUACCAGAACAACGUCACCCACUUGAACAAUGAGAACCUGAAGAAGUCACAGUCUUGUGCUAACUUGUCCACUUUCACCCAGGAUCAGAGCACGCCCACUCUCACCAAGAGCUCCAACAACACCACAUCUUCAGUCAAAAAGGCCCCUCUGACUAACUCCAACGCGGCCCCCGGGACCCCUAAGAGAGUGAUUGUCCAGGCCUCCACCAGUGAGCUGCUCCGCUGUCUUGGGGAGUUUUUGUGCCGACGUUGCUACAGGUUGAAACAUCUGUCACCCACUGACCCAGUGCUGUGGCUGCGCAGUGUAGACCGGUCUCUGCUGCUUCAGGGCUGGCAGGACCAGGGCUUCAUCACUCCUGCCAACGUGGUCUUUGUCUACAUGCUUUGCCGCGAUGUGGUCUCCUCUGAGGUGGCCACGGAGCACGAGCUGCAGGCCGUGCUGCUCACCUGCCUUUACCUGUCCUACUCCUACAUGGGCAAUGAGAUCUCCUACCCCCUCAAGCCCUUCUUGGUGGAGAGCUCCAAGGAGACCUUCUGGGACCGCUGCCUGUCCAUCAUCAAUCUGAUGAGCGCCAAGAUGCUCCAGAUCAACUCAGACCCUCACUACUUCACUCAGGUGUUUGCCGACCUGAAGAACGAGAGCCAAAAGGAGGAGGAAAGGCCCCGCCUCCUCAUCGGCCUGGACCGAUGAGGAGAUGCCGGGGGAGGGAGGGUGGGAAAAGGGUGGGGGGAGGGGUUGGGGUCAUUCUCUCCAGUCUGGCAUUUUGACCCCUUCUAAGGAUUAUUUAUGACAAUAUUUAUUAUUUAUUUAUUACCAAAUUGCUUAGAAGUAAAGCCACUUAUAGAAAGUGUUUAACAUUUGUAGCUACUUUGUAUCAAACAGGAAAAACAAAAAUCUGCAGCUUUCGGAUAGACGAAGAGAAGCUUACGCUGGUGAUGGUUUAUGUUGAAUGAAAUGGUGUUUUUAUUCCUGUGAUUGUCAGGAUUACAUGGGAAAUGAAGGGAGGUGUGACGAAAAAAGGCAGAUUUGAGUAAAUCUUUUGCAAAGAUUGAGAAAUGUUAUUCCAAGACAAAGUGAAGAGAAAGAUUUUUUUCAAAAUUGGAUCUCAAGGAGCGAAUGGAGAUUUCGGAGGCUGCAGCAGCCCCACCAGUAACCAAACGACUGUCUGACUGUGGGAUGUGCACUACCUGCUGCAAGACGGCGAGGGCCAUGGCUCGCCUGGCUUUGCACCCUCAGGUCUGGAAGAGCCGCUCACCCCUGUAGCGUGUUUUUGCAGUGAUGCAUAUCUGACCACCUGGAGGACUAAAUAGGAUCCAUGCUGGAUCUAAAAUUUGGACCAUGAUGGACUGUGAGAACCGCUUUGUGGGACUCAAAGACAGCAGACAUAAUGUGUUUGUUCAGACAAGACUACAUUAUUUUCAUCUAGGAAAAAAAAGUGGAUGUUUUACUCCUUACACAACUUGAGGCUUAUUUAUUGCUUUUUAUUUGGAACAAGUUUCUGUUUUUUAACUUAGAAAUAUAAUGUUUUGCACGCGUGCCAUGCAAUUUUACUGCCUCCUGGAAGGAAGGAGCUUCUAUUAGGUUUAUACUUGAUUUGUAAUGGAAACGCAUUUGCAUUAGAGAAUGCUGUAAACAAAAUCACAAUAGUUUAUUUAGCUUUGCUUGCCAAAAAUAGGCUAAUUGUUUACCAGGGAAGUUCUCACAUUAUUAUUUUUUUUUUUGGUCGAAGCGUUGUGUUGCAAACACUUUUAAAACAGUGUUGGAUUUUGUGCUCAUUAUUCAGCAGUGAAAAUGUCAUCAUAGUGCCAUAUCCUUGAUGGAAAUCUCCUUAACAGGUGGAUUUCCUGAACUUAUAGACUCCUAAUUUGUAUUUAUUUAAGGUCACCAGUGUAAAUGAGGAUCAUCAUUGGAGACUAAGGGGGGGGGGGGGGGGGGUUUGCAGGUGUGCAUAUCUUUGGUGGGAAUGAAGAUUGAUCUGGUCUGUGCAAAUGAAUGUUGCAGGGUUUUAGCCAGUGUCGCUGAAAAGCCUGUGAAUGAAAACCACCGAUAGAUCUGACCGUCACCAAUGGAAAAUCCUCGUUCACACUCUGCCAGGCGGAGCUUAGAAAAAAAACGCCUUGAAAACACGUCUAAGUUGUAGUUUAGGAGCAAACCCAAACUCCGGUUCUGCUCACAAGUAGCCACAUUUCCCAGGAGAGGAAAAUAUCAGUGAUCUGCAGCACUGAAAAGCAGAGUGCUGGAGAUGAUCCGCCAGCAUCAAAUUUGUGCACAUGUUCAGAAGCAGGAGGUCCUUCACUUGGCCAAAUCUCAUUUUAAAUCAGAUUUACCGCUGAGCUAAAAAUGACAAACGCUAGUGUGCUGAGGGAACACCCUGACGACAACAGAGAAGGUAUGCAGAGCGCAUAAAAAAUGCAUAUUUCCAUCUCCACUGCAGGUCCAACAAUCUCUAAAGUUUAACUGCUACCAGAAAACAUGGUUUUCCUAUGUUUGCUGCUAAGGACAAAUGUAGACAUGGAUGUGCACCCACAAUGGCUACUUUUUUGUAAAAUUUAAAAUAUAAGUGGACUCAACUUCUAAUGUGACAGAAAAAUGCUCAAAAACCCCACCCCAAAUAUUUUCUUUCUUUCAUCCUACAUAAUUUCCGAGGUGCCAUUUUUGCUUCACUGACUAGUUGUUUAUAAGCUUAUAAAAUAAUUACAACAAUGUCUCCAGUGAUAGUUAAAGAUUUUUCUGUCAAACUCUUUUCUGUAUCUUGUUGUAGAUUAAAAAAAAAAAACAUUAAAGUGAUUAAAAAAGAGGAGGGCAUCGGUGGGCUGCAUGUUUGUGCAGAUGAAUGGGUGAAAGCGUGUGAAUGGACAGCCGUGUUGUAUCUGUACAGACAAAUGUGUCGUUUUCUUAGGGUGAGUCACAGCUCUGGUACUGGAGGUGAGGAGGGGUCAUUGGACAAACUAUUCUCUUUUUGAUGAAAAAAAAGCCCAAUGCUGUGAUGGAAAUUUUUUUUGAGUUUAUUUCUGCUUAUUUUAAUUUAUUUUUGUACUGUGAUGAAAAAAUAAAAUGCACUCAUCGUUCUGGGA